AUGGCAGGCACUGUGGACCCAACUGAUAUCACGACUUUAUCGCCUCUUAUCUUGGGAGGCGCUACAUUAAAACAAGAGUAUAACGAAAAUCCUUCUCAAGUGCCCAUCGUGAAUAUAUUGAAAUAUGCCUUUUCAAAUGGCAUAAAUGCUAUUGAUACAUCGCCUUAUUAUGGCCCUAGCGAAGCCAUAUACGGCGAUGCUCUUGACCAAAUAAGAGAUGAAUUCCCUCGUAACACUUAUUUUAUUUGUACAAAAGUUGGCAGAAUCCAAUUAGAUGAAUUCGAUUAUAGCAGGGAACAUGUGAGAUUCAGUGUCAAAAGAUCAUGUGAGAGGUUGAGGACUGAUUAUUUAAAUCUCGUGUAUUUGCACGAUAUCGAAUUUGUUCCUAUGUCCCAAACUUUGGAAGCUUUGAAAGAGCUAAAGAAACUAAAGGAUGAAGGUAUUAUUAAAAACUUUGGAUUAUCAGGCUACCCAGUUGAUUAUUUGAGGAGAGUUACUAAGCAUUGCUUUGAAAAAGAGCCUGAGAUAGGUCCUUUAGAUGCCGUUUUAUCCUAUUGUAAUCUAAAUUUACAAAACAUGUUAUUGAAGCAUCAUGCCGAUGAAUGGAAACAAGAUUCAAAAUUGAAGAGUAUAAGUAAUGGUUCAAUAUUGGCAAUGUCACUACUAAGAUCUCAACCAACACUUUCAUUUCAUCCAUGUUCGCAAGGGUUGCGUACUUGUGCAGAUAAUGCUGCCAGGUAUUGCGAGCAAAAUGAUACAGAAUUAGCUGAUUUAGCCAAUAAGUUUGCCCUUUCAGAAUGGCUGAAUAACGGUCCAACAGUCAUCGGAGUUAGCAACUUGGAUGAACUGAAAGCUGCAUUAAGCAGCUAUUCUAUAGUUAAAGCCAGCAAUGGCGUAUUAAGCGCUGGCGAUAAAAAGCUAAUCGAACAUAUUCAGUCAGAGAUUUUUGGUAAGCAUCUCAAUGAGACGUGGCCUUCAGGAAUCGAACAUCCUGCAAGCGUCCAAAAUAGUACUUAA